AUGGCUGAAAAAGGGGACUCAUCAGCAAUAGGGGCAGGAACAACUUCAAUGGCUGAAAAAGAAACGCCUUCAAUGACUGAAAAAGAAGCGUCAUCAGCAACAGGGGAAGAAACAUCUUCAAUGGCUGAAGAAAGAAAGUCAUCAGCAGUAGGGGAUGAAACAGAUUUAGAGAAAGUAGUGGAAAGAGUGGUGACAACGAUUCCUGAAGAUGAUGCUACCUACAAAAUUGAUAUAAUGAACGAAUCUAAAAGACUCUUGUCUCUUUUAAAAGAGAUGAAGCUGAAUCAAACGGUUGGUCUUGGAAGGGGUGACGGAGAUAGAGCAUUCUUGGAUGUGCAACCUGUGAUCUUGGGUUCAGGCCAGAACUGGUUGAAUGAUGGUAACCUAAAAUGCGCUAUGGUGGAUCGAGUUUUAGUAGAGUUGUUGCUUGAAAAGUUGUCGUCUUCACUUCCUGAUCAGAACGACGCUGCUAAAGACCUUCAAUUGCUGACAAAGGCAAAACCAUCAUGUAGGGAAGCUUUUUCCAAGCUCAAUGAUGCCAUCUCUAGAUUGCUCAGUCCGCUAUCGUUAACCAAGGUCGAGUCAAAUCCAGAGCUCCAGGAAGAUUUGAUCACAACAGUUUUAAACAUUUUGACUGAUGACCACAAUAAGCACCUCGUAGGGGGACAUCCUCGUGCCAUCCCUCUGCUUACUGAAUCUAUGAAGUAUGGAACCGAUGAAACAAGGAGAAAUGCUAUAGCUGCUCUCGUAUCAUUAUCGGCACUCGACUUAAACAAGUUCAUCAUUGGAAGUUCCGGUGCUCUUGCACCCCUACUUGAAGUAAUAUGUGUAGGACAUCCAUUGGCAAUAAAAGAAGCUGCCUCUGCAAUAUGCAGCCUUUGUAAAGUAUAUGAGAACCAAGACAAGUUUACUAAAAUAGGAGCAGUGAAGAUAAUCCUACAGAAGAUCAAAGAAGGUAUACUUGUUGAUGAGCUAUUGGGUGUUCUUGCAGUUCUAUCUACACAUAAUGAUGCCGUUGAAGAACUUGGGGAUCCUGAUACUUUUCAAUACUUGAUUGAUAUCAAAAGAAAUACCGCUUCCGAAAUUGCUAGAAAGAACUGCAUCCAGAUCCUGUUUAAUGUGUCUAUGUUAGAAAAAUCUUCUUUUGGUGAUGAGAAGAAGAAAUCAAGGAGAGUAAUCUAA